UUCCCAGCUGCAAUUGUACACAAUCAGGAUGUCCCACAUUCAAUGAUUGAUUUCAAUAGGCUUGAAAUAUCAGCGGCUAUUACACUGUUUAAUAGAGGAGUGUUGCACAGGUAUCAAUAGAAGCAAUUGCUCAUCAAUUUCCAAAGCAACUUUUUUAAGUGGCUUCCCGCAGUGAAAGUGGCAGCUUGCGUUCUGAAGAUACAAUGGUGCUUGAUUACCACAGAGAGGUUGCAGGUAAACAGCCUGGUUCUCCUUUGAAUUUAAUAAUAUUUAUGGGAGCUUGUUCGUAUGUACGGGAUGUCCAUAAAUCGGCUGUUCAUAACCCAGGGAGAGCCUGUACUCUCCUGGGAAUUGGACUUUCAAAGUCAAAGUCAAGUUUAUCGUCAUACACACAAGUACAUGUAUGCACAGGUGCAAUGAAAAACUUAUCUGCGGUAGCAUAACAGGCACAUAGCAUCCGAUGCACAGCAGUCACAAGAAAAAUAUAAUUUACACAAAGUCGUACAACAACCAAAAUAAAGUCCAUUGUCGUGCGAAGUGGUCAUAGCGUUGCUAUACUGAGGUAGUAGACUGAAUAGUUUCCUUCUACAUCGUUACAUUGUCCUUGUCAACAACGCAUUCAUGCUGGAUCUUAAAAUUGGACAAUUGACGUGAACCCCCUUCCUCCUCCUCCAGACGCUACCCAACCCACUGCCACAGCCUCAUGGUCACGCAUGCGCACUCCGUCCAGCUGUAGGUCCGCGCUGAGCAUGCGCCGUCAGCCCUCACGGUUUCCUGAACGUUCCUUGGACGGAAUAAAGGAGCCGGCGGAUCGCUGCUCUCAGUUGAUGCAAAUGUAGGACAGUCGGCGACGCCCAUUCUGUGUGACAACAGGAAUGAAUCAAGAUGUUUACCUGCUCUAACGCCCUACCUCUAUUGCGCGAACCUGGCAGCGUCAAUAAUCCUGGGCCCGGUCAACGGUCGGACUGCGUGUGACGUCAUCGCGUAACCGGCCAACGUGCGCCUCGGGUGACGUUGGGUCCAAUGUCAGAAUGGCGGCCGCCUGUGGGACGGAGCAGGCUGUGGGGGUGACACCCGUUUGAGGAGCUGGGCUUUGUGUCAGACACUGAAAAGCAAGGCCAAGACCUUUGACAGUACUAUAAAUCAUUAGGACACUGUGGGGUGUGAUUGGACAGUUCAUGCGAAGGCCACUUGAGGGCAAUUUGCACCUUGAAGAUCACUAUACCUUUGCAGGACAGCCAUAGCAGUGGAAACCCAGAGGCCAGUCGGACUUGUGGUGUCCUAAAGAUCAGAAGCAUUAUGUCGUCAUUAAGCUGCAAGUCAGUAUUUUACACACUAAGGACUAUAACCUGCAGAGCCUGUGGUUGUCGACAACAAGUCCAGUAUUCAUUAAGAUCAUUUCCACAUCACAGUGGGCUUCUAGGCAAUGGCGCACCAAAAUCUCUGUCUUUGCCCAAGGUUAAGGCAUAUUCAACUUAUUGUGAUAGAACACAGAGAUAUCUGUCAGCACUUGCUAGUUCAUUACUCAGGAAAGAGCAGCAGAGGCCGUUGUCCAGGUUUGACUUUAUGGACAUGGAGGAGGUUGAAGAAAUAAUAAUGAAUGCGGAGAAGAGACGAUGGUUAAGGAGAUUUAUUAUCAAUCCUGAUUUGGCAAAUCUAAUCGUGGAAUGCAUUGACAAUGAUCUCUCUGAAAAUAAUGCAAUAAUUUUUGAAUGCAAUCCAGGGCCUGGUGUUUUAACACGUGCAUUACUGAAUGGUGGAGCACGGAGGAUUGUGGCUCUGGAGAGUGAUAAGCAGUUUAUACCAGCAUUGCAGUCCUUAGAAAAAGAUUUGAAUGGACAGUUGGAAGUGGUCCACUGCGAUUUCUUCAAGCUGGAUCCAGUGGGUCGUGGCAUGAUGAAACCUCCUGCCAUGUUUUCUGAGAAACUCUUCAACGAUCUGGGAAUAUCAGAGGUUGAUUGGACUGCAGAUAUUCCAAUUAAAGUGGUUGGAAUCUUUCCACAAAAAAAUGAACGGAACAUGCUUUGGAAGCUUGUUUAUGCUUUGUAUGAACGGAUUUCGGUUUUUCAGUAUGGGAGAAUAGAAAUCAACAUGUUCAUAAGUGAGAAAGAAUACGUGAAGAUGACGGCAGAGCCUGGAAACAUGAAACACUACCAGGCAUUGCCUGCGUUGUGGCAGAUGGCUUGUGAAAUUGAGUUGUUACACAAGGAACCUUGGUCAUCUUUUGCUACAAAUUCUAAAAAUGGUGGAUGUGUGAAACAAGGCAUGGUGAUAAAUGACCAUCUGUGUCUUGUGCGACUGACACCACGCAAAGACUUGUUCAAUCAGACUUUAACAACAGCCAAUUCAGCCAUACUGAUAUUGAUGCUGAAGCAGUGCCUUGCAAAACGAAGGACAAAACUGAUGAACAAAUUGGAGUCUUGGUGCCCUGGAAGUGGAAGGAAAUUAAUGAUGCAACUAGAUCUGCCAGAGGAUAUAUUGACAGGACAUGUGUUUCCAGAGGAAUACAAAAAACUUUUUGAAGCAAUGGAGCACUCUCAGGAUUUCAAUCAAAGUUGGUUAUAUGAUGAGGUCUUGGAGAAUAUGAAUUCUACUAUGUCACCCAUCUGAAUGUAAACCUUCAAGGAAAUAUAACUAUCCUGCUUCUGACAUUGCUUUGUGACUGCCACAUGCAACUGCUCACUGAUAAUCACAAUCAAGACACUGAACACCCUCAAAUGCUUUCAUGUAUUACUUGAAGUAUGAUGUCAUUCUACUUCAUUGCACCUGUUAAUGAAAUCUUCAUAUUGGUUUCACUCCAUGUUGAAAGCCAUGUUGUAUGUUGUAAUCAACAUUUCCUUAUUGGAAUUAAACUUUUGAUCUUAAAAUGGGCAGAUUUUAAAGUUUUGCUUCCUGUGAGAAUUUGGUUGACGUAGGAGUGGACACAACAGUGAAGAGUUCAGGUAAAAUUGCAGUGAUACGUUCAAAUGUGAAAAGACAAUUUUAUGUUUUUUUUAUAUAUUGGUGUAAUGUAUAACUUGCAUAAUGUAACUUCCAAAUGAUUUCUUUUGAGUCACCAGUAGGUUUGUUUUAAAUUACAUCUGUUUAAAAUUUGGUUAAGAGAGUACUGUUGAUGAGUUGCAUGCUCAUGAUAAAAGGUCAAAUGCCUCAGGAGCAAGAAGAUCUUAAGCGAUUCUGUACUAUUCUGGUAUUGGGACAAAAAUAAUAAUGGAUUAGAAAUUCGGAAGGCUUAAGAACGAAAUCAAUCAAUCAAAUAGUAGUUCAUUUGUCACUGGAGUUAUUUUGCAAGUACCAUUUCACUUCUAGCUACAGUUAUGUACAGGUAACAACAGUGAAAGCUAAAGUUUAGUAUGACUGUGUUGUACAAUGGCUAAUACCAAGUAAAUAUUGUUGAAAAUUUUCAAGUUGGCUGUAGAUUUAAUCUGCAGUUGUCAUUCUGGUUUUUGCUUUAUGUUCUUGGCAUAUAUUGAUUUUGUUAGAUGUUGCUUAUAACAUAAGAACAUGAGAAAUAAGAGCAGGAAUAAGCCAUACUGUCCCUUGAGACUUCUGCCAUUCAACAAGAUCAUAGCUGACCCAUAUUUAACACCAGUAUCCUACACUUUCCCUUUAUUUCCUUAAUAUCUAGGAAUCUGUCCAUCUAUUUUGAAUGCAAUCCAAGAUAGAAUGCUGAAGAUUUGCCACCUUUUUGAGUAAUGAAAUUUCUUCUCAUUUCAGUCUUGUGGCCUACUCCUUAUUUUGAGACUGACAGUUCUAAACUCAUCAGCUAAGAGAAAAUCCUCAAAUCUAUGAUGUUGAGUUUUCUAAGAAUUCUGUAAGUUUCAAUAAGGUCAACUCUCAUUCUAAACUUGCCUACUUGAUCUUUUCUCAUAUGGCAUAACUGCCAUCCCAGAAACCAGUCUGAUGAAUUGUAGCUGCACUUCUUGUACAACAAGUACAUCCUUUUUAGAAAUAGACCAGAACUGUACACAAUACUCCAGAUGUUUGUUCACUAAGGCCCUAAAUAACUUGUACUCAAAUCUUCUUGCAAUAAAGACCAAAAAGACAUUUGCCUUCCAAAAUGCCUGCUGCACCUGUAUGUUAGCUUUCAGUAACUUGUGUUCAGGGACACCCGUGUCACUUGAAACAUCUAAUGACCCAGAUUCAGAUUAGUUUAUUGUCAUAUACACCAGGGUGCAAUGAAAUUCCUUGCUUGCAUGAAGUUCACAGAGUAAACAGUACACAUGGUAAGAAUAAAUACAGUGAGUGCAAAACAACAGAAUAGUGCAAAGAUUGCAGUGCAAUGCUAAAGUGACAACAACAGAAUAACCGAGAGAGGUAGAAGUAAGAUUAUGGGAACAUGACAGCACCACUGGGAAGGGGGUGUGGAUGAGGUGAUUGGUUCAGAAGUCUGAUAGUAGUAGGGAAGAAGCUGUUCUUGAGUCUGGACACCCAGCUUUUUAAAUUCCUGUAUCUUCUCCCAGAAGGUAAAAAAAAGAGAAAAAGGAAUGGCCAGGGUGGCAGGCAUCCUUGAUAAUCCUGUUAGCCUUCCUGAACAUGGACUGGGCUGUGUUUACCAUUCUGCAGGUUCCAACAGUCCAGAGCAGUUGCCAUACCAGGCUGAGAUGCAACCUGUCAGGAUACUUUGUAGAGCACAUCCAUAAAUAUUGGAAGGUCAGUGGGGGGGGCGGAGGAGGGAGUGUACAUGGAGGCAGGUGAUAGGUGAGCUCAGGUAAUGGGUGAGUCCAGGGGAGGGGAAGGUAGGAGGGUGGGGUAGGGGAGAGAUUGCAAGAAAUUCAGAGGUGAUGAACUCACCUAUCACCUGCCUACAUGUACCCUUUCUCUCCCCCCACCCCGACCUUCUUAUUCUGGCUUCUGCCCUCUUCCUUUCCAGUCCUGAUAAAGGGUCUUGACCCAAAAUGUCGACUGUUUAUUUCUCUCCAUGGAUGCUGCCUGACCUGAGUUCCUCCAGCAUUUUGUGUGUGUUGGUCCAGAUUCCAGCAUCUACAGAAUUUCUUGUCUCUAAGCAUCUGUGUUUUUCAAAAAUAAUAUUUUUUUCACAUCGCCUUACGUCAUUGAUACUUCAGUUGAGCGAGUUGUAGUCCACUGCCCUCUAAAAUUCAGGAAUAUUAUGGCAACUACUGCAUCCUUUGAGCAGCACAAGUAAACCAGUUACAUCUACCACAAAUACAGAAGUAAGAAUGUAUUUCCACACAAUCUCGUUAUCCAGUGAUGAGUAGCUAAGAUCUCGUUAUCCUGUAGUUUUUACUAAUGUUACAAGAGUUUAUUAUUUAAUUCAAUAUUGGAAUGUCUUGGGAACAAAUAAACAGGGACUUCCAAGUCCUCUGGUAUAUAAAA